UGUAACCCUUUAGUCAUUUGAUUCUCUUGUUGUCGUCACUUUGUUUUCUUAAUUGUUUAUUCUAAUUAACUUCAAUAAUCUAAAUUCUCACAGAUGGAGAAUCUAAUUAGUGAGCUAAUUGUUCAAAUUUCAGUGUAAACAUAAUUGGCGCUUUUUAAUGAUUUUCCUUUUCCAAUGAAACAUUGGAAAUGAACUCAGCUGAUUAUUAUCAUGUUUUUCGUAUAAAUUGUUUCCAUUUUUUUUAAUUCUUUGCUUCCAUUAUCUUUUGGUUUAAAUUGUUUAGAUUAAUUUAUUGAAUUUCUGAAAUAUAUCGGUAACGUUAAUUUUUGGUCUAUCAGCAAAAUCAUCGUCAUCUUUAAAAUGAUGAAAUCGUUUACUAUUGUUACGUUUUGGUUAUGAUUUUUGAGACUAUUUUCUGGGUUUAAUUAUGUCGUCUCUCAUUCGCUCGGGUUUACAUGUUCGUCAUUUUUGUAACAUGUUAAAUCAGAAUAAUAAAUCUUCUGAUUCUAAAUACGUUCGACCAGUUAAAGGUUUACGUAAGUUAAUCACCGAUUAUUUAACUAAAUUUGUCGGCUCUUAUGAAGAUAUUUUAUCAAAACGAUUUCCGAAAGCAUUUAAAGUCUACCAAGUGUUCACUGUUGGAACUCGCUCUCUUUACACUGAUAUUAUUGAAUAUCUGAGAAUUUCUCGUGAAUUAUCCUAUGGCCGUGAUGUCCACUCAUUGUCCUACCAGGAAUUAAUUGUUUACUAUCAAACACCAAAAGAUUUACUCAAAGUUGCCCCAACCUUAUUGGUCUCUGCCGCUCCAUUUGCCAAUUAUGUUGUUUUCCCGUUAGCCUUAUAUUUCCCGAAACAUUUACUUUCUCAGCAAUUUUGGGACAAUGAGAUUAAAUUUAAUUACCAAUUAGAGAAAACAACGAAACGUUUAAAACACAAUCGGCCCAUCUUUCGACAAUUACAGUUUAAACUAAACUCAAUUCCCAAACAAUUACCUGAUUCUACUGAUGGUUUGGAUCUUAGAGAACAAUGUAAAUUAAUUUUCGACAAAAUUGGAAGUGGAACUCAUCCAACUGUUGAAGAGAUACUUAAUGUUGCCCCUGUAUUCAACCAGGAACCCUAUGGAUUAUCUCAUUUACCCACAAUCCAUUUAAUUCAUCUUUGUAAAAUGCACGGAAUUGCAUCUUACCCAAGGAAAAUCCCAAGACUCGUUAAUUAUGGUAGAUAUAUUCACGAAUUAGAUCUUGCAAUUUUAAGGAUGGGAGGACCAACUCAAUUACCUUUCCAUGAUCUUAAACAUGCUUCAUACAUGAGAGGAUUAAACCCAUUUGGAUGUAAGCCCGAAGAGUUAAUUGGAUGGCUUGAUAAGUGGCUACUGAUUUCUAAAACUCUCAACGGAACUAGUCUUUCACUGUUACUUCAUUGUCCAAUAUUUCUAGGAUACAAUCAACCAAGUAAUUGGAAACUCAUCUACAAAUAAUCAAAUUUGUUUACUUUAAACUGACAACUAGUCAAAUGUUUUCGCCUUUUUCUGUAAAACUAAAUUAUCCUAAUCAAAGUGACGAUUGAUUAAAAUUAGUUACAAUCGAUUGUAAAUAA